UUUUAAUUUGUCGGCGCAAAGUACCGACCUUAUGUAGCUUCCCUUAUUCAAAACAUCAUCAUCAUUUGAAACCCAACCUUCUAUUCCUUUUUUAACUUACCCUCCCUCCCUUCCCACCUUGUAGCUUAUUGUCAACGUAUCAAAGAACAAUAGAGGGAUUUAUUGAUUAAUUGUUACGACAAUAAGAAACAAAGAAAAAGGGAGGAAAAAAAAGAAAAGAAAAGACCAACUAACCGGACUACAAUGUCUCAGACAACACCCCGCAAACAACAGCACCGAAACCAGCAGCAGCAGCCUUAUUCGCGCUCUCCUCAUUCCCAUGCGCAACACGCCUACUCCAACUCGCAAUCCCAUUCCGAUCAGUACCAUCAAUUGCGUCAAACCCACUCCCGCAACCGAUCGCAGCAGCUCCGGGCCCAGGCCGCCGAGCAGCUCCAACUCGCCAACAACUCAGCCGCGUCCGACUACGAGUCCGACACCGUGCGGUACAUGGCCUCGCACCCGCCUCCCCCGCCCGCCUCCCUGGCCACGCGCACCAACACCGACCUUAACCUCAAGGUCCUGCGCCGCUACCGCCCCGGCAUAACCAGCAUCCUCUCCAUCGCCGCCAACGCCGUUGUCUACGUCUUCACCCCGCCCGCCAAGUGGGACAAGUCCAACCUCGAGGGCACCCUGUUCAUCUGCGCACAAGGCGGCGACGAUGACUACCAAGAAAGCGAAAAGGGCAGCGGGGCAGCUAACGGAUGCCUGUUCGUCCUCAACCGCAAGGGUCUGCAGAACCUGAUCCUCGAUCUAAGCAAAGUCUGCGACUUUGAGCUCUCUAACGGCCUGCUCAUCUUCAAGCUCGACGCGGACGGCGCCGUCGCCCUGCCCAUGGAGAACAGCGAGUCCGUCAACCCCAACGUCCUGGGAAUGUGGAUCUAUGCCGAGGACGAGCAGGACAGACGCACUAGCACCGCGCUUAUCCAUGAGAUGUGGUCCAAGGCCCGCGCCGCGCGGCAGGAGAGGGAAGGCGCUUCGGCUGACCCAUCUUCGACGAGUACAUCGCCAAGUGAUGGCGCGGAGCUCACUUUGACGCAAAGGACGGGUCGCAAGGUUAGCUUGAACGAGCUAUUUGGCCGAAAGAACGGCUCCUGAGAGGAUAGGGAUGGUGAUACGGUACAUAAUGUCAGUGGCAGGGAUUGGCGAGAAAGGAGGGCUUAUGAGCUGAGCUAGUUCCUCGAAAAGAAAAGAAAAGAGACACGAAAAAGAGUGAUACGGAUGGUAGGUUACGUCUGGGUUGGCGUUUUUUUACAAAUAAAAAAGAUACCCGAGAUCGGCAUUGUUAUUAAAAGAAUCAAAAAGGGUGUUUAUCUUUGCCAUAGGCUUUUGGCCCUCCUUCAUUUCUACCUACCCCCUUUUUUUCGUAUUUGGGUCUUGCUUGUGCUCGGUCCAUACAUAUGCCAGACUACCUUUCUUCUUG